AGAAAAUAUUCAAUAGGGUGUGGUUGUGUUAUUCGCCGUUUCGUCGAAGUCCGUGUUAAAUUCUAGGAAGUACCUUUGUUUUCCCUGCAAUUUGCCACGAACACCUGAAUGGUAUUUCUUCACGCUUAGGGAGAUUAGAAUAGAAUUUAAUAAAAGGUCAAAGAGAACGGCUUGUUAUCAGAAAAUACUAUCUUAUCUGUGGGAUAAUAUAGGGAGACAGCUUAUAAAGUUACUCUAGUAUGAAAAAAAAAUUCCUUAUCAAUAGCGUGUUCUUUGCCCUGAGUAAAUAAACGAUGCAGCACGUAACUUUUAUAGGCGUUCUCGCUGGAUGCGAAGCUUGAUUCAUCCUAUAUUUUGACAGAUCUCUCCAACAUUUACAGAUUUAUAGUUGCGAUGAAAGCCGGCGAUACACAUAAAACGCUGUACAAAUCGAGGUGGUGACACAUUAAUGUAGGAGUAGUUAGCGCGAUUGAAGGGAGGUAUGAAAUUAGGCUGCCUAAUUGAAAGGGAGAGCAGAGUGGUAACAUGAAUGAAUCAGUGAGCAUCUAGUUGAUAAACAAAGAAAAGUGUUAAUUGUGAAAAAGUGAGAAGAAUGAGUCUUCUGAGAAAAAUGAGUGUAUUCAGUUCACGUUUGCCAUCAAGUGUCUUGAUAUUGUUCAUCAUACAGUUUGUGAGUAGUUUCAAUUUGGAGAAUCGACUGCCGAUAAUUAAGUAUGGAGAAACGGAUUCGUACUUUGGAUAUUCCGUCGCGAUGCACAUUGUUGGCGAGAAGGCGAGUUCUGACAACAGAAAAUGGCUUCUCGUUGGCGCUCCACUCGGACAGAAUUUGCAACCCAAGACAAACCACUCAGGAGCUCUGUUCAAAUGUCCUAUCACGCAGCACAACAAUGACUGUUCGCAGAUCAUAACAGAUGGCCGCAGAUACUUGGAUGAUGAGGAUAGCAUUGAGAAUCUUAUGCCGCCCGUCUUGGCGGAUGAGUUUAAGGACGAUCAGUGGAUGGGAGUCACGGUGAGGUCACAAGGAGCGAGUGGAAAAGUCCUGGUGUGUGCUCAUCGCUAUAUUGCCAUCAUGGGCGAGUCUCGCUUUGGACAGGGACUUUGUUAUGUGCUCAGCAACGAUCUAAAAUACGAUGAGAUUUAUGAGCCAUGCAAAGGACGCAGCACUGCGAGGGCUCAUGAGGACUUUGGCUACUGCCAAGCGGGAACUUCGGGAGCCCUUCUGGAUGAUGACACGGUUGUUCUGGGCUCACCAGGCCCGCUGACGUGGCGCGGAAUGAUCUUUGUCAUCUCCAUCGGCGGCGAGUACUUGACGAGGGACAAGACGAACUACUAUUCUCCGCACACGGACGCUUCGUCGCCGGUGGACAAGUACAGCUACUUGGGCAUGGCAGUGACAGGUGGACGCUACUUUGGCUCUCACAUGUCUUACGUGGCCGGAGCCCCGCGGUCCGCCGGCCACGGGCAAGUGAUGAUUUUCUCCAAAGGAGACCCACCCACGUCAAACCCCAUCAAUUUGACCGCCACGCUCGAUGGCGAACAAUUUGCCUCGAGUUUCGGAUACGAACUCGCCACGGCAGACGUGAACGGUGAUGGACUUCCUGAUUUGCUCGUGUCCGCGCCCUUUUACUUCUCUCGUGACGAGGGUGGCGCAGUUUAUGUCUAUCAAAAUGAGAACCAUCGACUUCCUGCGAUGCCCAAGCUGAAACUCACCGGAAAGCUGGAGUCACGCUUCGGAUUGGCGCUGGCCAAUUUGGGUGACAUCAACAAGGAUGGCUAUGAAGAUGUCGCCAUCGGGGCUCCGUACGAAAAUGACGGAGUGGUGUAUAUUUAUCUGGGAUCCGAGAGUGGACUCAAUAGAAAACCCAGUCAAGUCAUCACUGCUGCUGAUGUGAAACCGUCUCUGAAGACUUUUGGCAGUUCUCUCUCCGGCGGAAUUGAUGUGGACAACAAUUCCUAUCCCGAUCUCCUGAUUGGAGCGUACAGCUCAUCAGCAGCCAUUGUGCUCCUGGCCAGAUCAAUAACGAACAUCACGACGAAGGUUGAAGGCGCAUAUCUGACAAACAUCGAUCCAGCCAAAUCAGGAUGUCCAAAUGAUCCUGGCACCAAUUUGACGUGCUUCUCCUUCAAGGCGUGCUGUGCCAUUGAGCAGAUGGAGACUUCGUCGCCCUUUGAAUUCCUCAAUCUUGAGUAUGUGAUUGAAGCGGAAACAUUCGAUAAUCAGAAGAAAUUCAGCCGAGUGUUCUUUGGGCCGGACUUCAAGCAGCGCAAGAAUGUGGUGCGUCGACAGAUCCAAGUGAAGAGCAAUGGGCAGAUGAAUUGCAUUGAGCACGUGGUGUACAUCAAGGAGGGCACAAGAGACAUUCAAACUCCCAUAAAGUUCCGACUGAACUACACAUUCGUCGAACCGAAGCUGAAGGAAUCCGGUCUCAUUGCCUUGAAUCCGAUUCUCAAUCAGGCUCAGGCCAAUCGCAAAUUCGAGGCAACUUUCCAGAAGGACUGCGGCAGUGAUGACAUUUGCGAGUCUCAGCUGGAGAUUGCCGCCGAACUGGAGCUGCAGCAGGAGGGAAAUAUGUACACGCUUGUUCUGGGCGAGCGUGAUGAGCUGCAGAUGAAUGUGACGGUGACGAAUCAGGAGGAUUCGGCUUAUGAGGCACAAUUGUUCAUUCAACAUCAACCGAGUGUGUCCUAUAUUGCCGCCAUUCGGUCGGGAACUGUGAUAUGCAACCGAUUUAAUGAGACUAUUGUGGCGUGCACACUUGGGAAUCCCCUGAGACGCGAUGGUGUGGCCAGAGUGACUGUUCGCUUUGAUCCCAGUGGCUUGGAGGACUCCGUGCCGAGACUGAGUUUCCGCAUUUGGGCCAAUUCGACGUCCAAACAGAUCACUGAACUCGCGCCCACAAUGCUGGACGUGAAGGUGGUGAAGAAGGCACAGCUGAGCAUUAAGGGCUGGGCCAGACCCGAGCAAUCGUUCUACGGUGGGGAAAUCAAGGGCGAGAGCGCCAUGGAGUACUUUGACGAUGUGGGAACGGUGGUUCAUCACACUUAUCAAAUCUACAACGAUGGCCCAUGGAAGGCGCCUUACAUUGACGUCCGCAUCAUGUGGCCUCAUCAGGUGGCCAACGACAAGGAGCAGGGCAAGUGGCUGCUGUAUCUCGAGGAGGAGCCCACAAUUGAAGGUGCAAACGGAGCCGGUGAGUGCUUCAGGAGCGGCGAUAAGAUAAUCAAUCCUCUGGGCUUCAAGCGACGCGCUCUGAAUCUUCAGCGAGGAUUCAUGGAGGAUGAACUGCCUCCAGAGCCCUACAUUCGACGCACGCACAAUAAGACCGCUUUCUACUCCGCCGCGAGCUAUGAGAAAUCCUCCGUGGGCUCGUCCAAGUUCGAGAGCGCCCCAGUGAAUCGCGUGAGGCGGGAUCACGCUGUGGUGAUCCGGGCAGACAGUCUGGUGGACACUGAUGGGAAGAAAUCCGAUGUGGUGCACAUGGAUUGUGCGCGGAAGACUGCAAAGUGUGUCGAGAUUCACUGUGCCAUUUACAAUAUGCAGCGCAAAACUGAGGUCUACAUCCACGUGAAGGCGCGCCUGUGGAACUCCACGCUCGUGGCGGACUAUCCGGUUGUGGAUCGCGUGCACAUUGUGUCCCGGGCGAGCAUCAGCAUUCCUGAUCUCUACGGAAUUGACCAGUCGCGGGGGAAUUACACGACCGCAGUGGAGACGCUCGCGUAUCCGGAACUGAAGCUCGCCGUGGAGACUCCAGUGCCUCUUUGGGUGUACAUCAUCUCGAUUGUAUCCGGCAUCUUGGUGCUAAUAAUACUCAUUCUGAUCAUGUGGAAGUGCGGCUUCUUCAAGCGACGACGACCCGAUCCCACUCUCAGUGGGAAUCUGGAGAAGAGCGAAACGAAGCCCUUCAUAUCGAAAUGAGUUAUGAGUAGCCUUAGUGAAAUUGUGAUUUAGCCUAUUUCUUCCCGGAAAUUUUCUAGGUUCUCCGUUCGAUUCUUGAAUGAGAAAAAUUUGAUUUUAUAUAGACUUAUCCGUUUUGUAAGUGCAGAUUUUAUUGCAGAGAAAGAGAGAGAGAGAAAGUUUAGAAGAAGCGUUAUAAUACAUUUUAUGUAAUGUAAUUUAUUAGCUGUUCUGCCCUAAUAAUGUCGUCGUAUUGUAUUGGAUUAUAAUAACGAAAUGUUCUAAAUGUACUUAUGGGAAGUAUUCUUCCCACGUCACAUUUUAUCUUAAUAUUUUGAAUAGAUUGUAUUCGUUUUAUACACACAAAUACCAUGUUAUGAUAUAGAAUACUUAAUUCAGACCAAGUGUCCGGGGUCAACUUAUCAAAUUACACAGUAAUACUUCUAAAUAUUGAACUUUUACAUACAUAGAGAGUUAAGUGAGCAUGAUUGUGGCUUAUUUUCUCAUGUAAUUCUUGGGUAAUUUGGUAUUCCAAAUUCGAAUUUUAUUGCCUAAUAAAAAAUUUAUACUAAAGUGCAUUUAUAAGUGAUAAGAUAUCGCGCAUACCUUCAUAUUUAGAUGGUUAAAAAUAGUUUAAUGAUGCGUCUUUGUUGAGAAAAAAAAACUUCCAAAAAUGUAACAGUAUUUGUUGUAGUUUUUCAAUCUGUUUAAUCUGUGUCAAUCUGAAUUAUUGCAUUGGCUAAAAUGAUUAGGAAAAUAAAUGAUGUAACUUGUGUUUAGGAUUUUCAGAUUAUACAAAUAAAAGGUAGCUUUUGAAAGUA